AUAUCCUUUUGUUGUGAGGGCUACUACUUGACGGAGAAAGAUUUGAACUAUCUCGAAAAUAUUUAACUAAUUUGAAAAUUAUUAAUUUAUCUUUAUAAAAAAAUAAGAAUAUUAAGUGGAAAUUUUUCUUCUUGUGUCAUUUAUAUAUUCUCAUAUAUAAAAAAAAUCCUUAUGUUAUUAAAUUAAAAAAUAAAUAAUGAUUGAAAAAUUAUUAUCAUUAAUUCUAUUAAUGACAAUUAAUGUCGAGAGUAAAUUGAGAAAUUUAAAUCCCAAUGAAAUACAAGAAUUAAAAAAUGCCAUUAAUGAGGCUUCGGAAAUAAUGGAAAUUGAGGCAAAAAAUGAAAAUGUUAUUAUUUGUAUUGGUUCACCAAGAUCAGGAAAGAGUACACUAAUUAAUUAUCUAAUUGGAAAUAAAUUAAUUGGUGUGAGAGAUUUCAAAAAUAAUGCAAUAUCAAUUGUGAAAGCUGAUAAUUCACCAGGUCCAGAAAUUGGAAGUGGAUCAACAUCAAAAACAACAUUACCAAGUAGAUGGUCAUCAAUUAAUUUUCCCGGUCUUAGCCUUUGGGAUGCUCCUGGAUUUGAUGAUAAUCGAGGACCAAUACAAGAUAUAACAAAUGCUAUUUAUAUUUAUCAAUUAUUACAAAAAGUUCAAUCAUUAAAAAUUUUAUUGGUCAUUGAUAUUAAUGAUAUACUUCAUGACAAUAUUAAACCAUUUUUAACAGUAUUAAAUGCAGUUGAUAAUCUAUUUAAAGAUGAAUUAAAUUAUUAUUUUAGAAGUAUAUCAGUGAUUUUUUCAAAAGUUUAUACUUUUCAUGAUGUUCCAAUUGAUAUGGAAUUUAUCAAUGAUUUAUUGAGGGAAAAAAUUUUAUCAACAACUAAUAUGAGUAUAUCUGAAAAUUUAAGAGAAUUUGUACGAUUUUUAGUUUUAAAUAAUCAGCAUAUUGGUUUUUUUAAAAAAGCUAAACUUGGUCCAAUAACAAAUGAAAUUGAUAUUAAUAUUUUUCAAGCUAUACAAAAUUCUAAAAGUACUGAAAAAACAAUUUUAACAAAAAUAAGUCCAAGUAUAUCGGAUGAAUCAAUGCUUUAUUUAUAUGAAGCACGUGAAUCAUUAUCAUCAACAUCAUCAUUCAUUAAAUUACAAGAAAUUGUUGAACAAACUCUUAAUUAUCAUUCAAAUAGAGUACAAAUAAUUGAUAAAAACAAUAAUGAUUCAUUAAAUAAUUUACAAAUAAUUUACAAUGAUUUGUAUAAUAUUAAAUUAAAAAUUCAUAAAACUUUUAAUGUAUCAUUAGAUUUUCAUCAAAAAAUUGAAAUUCUUCAAUCAAUUGAUCCUGAAAUUAAAUCACAUAUUGAGAAAGAAAAUUUAUUUGAGAAAGCCAAAUUUUUGGAAAUUAUUGAUAAACUUUUGAAAUUAAAGGAGAGUAAUAUUUUUGAUAUUAAUCUUCAGUCAAUUUUAAAUUUAUCAUUGAUAAAAUUAAGUGAAUCAAUGAUUUCAAUUUCUCUCGAAUUGGGCAAAAUAACACAAGGAAAAUCAGAGGAAUUAUUGGAAAAUGAAAGAAUACGACAUUAUUAUGAACGAGAAAAAUUAAAUACCUAUUUGUUGGAUAUUCAAAAACUUAAUGAAGAAAGAAAAAAAUAUCUUUACGAUACGUUUGGAAAUUUUUUAAAAAUGGCUGUUACAAAAGUUGCCAGCUGGUUUCUCACUAGGGGUGCUUCAUCACUUUCUUAAUUUAUAAUUUGAUGAUUUGGAAAUCAAUAAUCUUUUUUAUUUUUUUUUUAUGUUAUAUGUUCUUUUUUUUAAAUAACUAGAAAUGUUACAAUAAAUAAAUAUUAUAUACUAAAAAAA